AUGCGAGUCAUCAUUACAACGAUGAAUGAUACACAUGAGUUUAAAUAUGUAUACAAUUACUCUAUAUUCAAUCCUAUUUGCCAUAACAAUGUCGUCGAUUCUGCGCGUGAUGCUACAACAUUUCUGGAACGCUCUCUAAGAGAGCUUAGGGACGUUUUGGAUGCCGCUGACAAUGUCACAUCUGGAAGUGAAGAAUCAAUAGCGAAGCUUAGUAACAUUUUUUCCACCUUCGUUUGUCUAAUCUUCCCCCCUCACACCCCUUUUGUAAUCUAUGAUGAGGAGCAAGAGCGCUCCAGAUUGCGACUGCUUACUCACGAGCUUGCGAGGACGUUCCUUAAUGUUAUACACAAACUGAAGGAUUCCUCCGUUGCUCCAUCACUUGGACUGUGCGACUCGAAGUUCAUGGUUAACGUUCUUAAUCUCUAUUGGCGCAACAAUGAAGAAAUUGCUUGUGAUAUAGCUUCGUCGUGCAAGCUGGUUAAUUCCAGUUUCUCACAUGAUCUGGCAGAGUUGGUUAAAUCGUUGUUGGAGAGCCUACAGAAAGAAUGCGACCAUCUACACUUUAUUCUGUCUAGUUUAAAACAGGGCAUGAAGUUCGAGUCUUCUCGCAGCGUGGAAAGCGAUGGCGUGUUUGCAGUCCGAAGUGAAGCGUCUCCUUUCAAUAGAAAUGCGUUGUUCGUUGACAAGGAAACGGUGAUUUCCGAUAUAUUGUCAUAUUUAGAGACGAUUUUGCACUAUAUCGAUAAGGAGGAGUACAACUACGUGCUGUCCAUAAGCUUGACCACGGCCGAAGAGGACUCUUGCCUGUUAGCGGCCCUCACCAAUUCGUAUUAUCUGUCAUCGGCCAUCUACGAUCAUAUUUUAUCGCAACGCACUCCAUUGUACAAACAGGAGUCCAUUUCCGACGGCUAUGAAACUCAGUUUCAGACCUGCCUUUUCUACCGCUGCAAGAUGCAGGCGCUACGUUGCAUCCUUGAGGCAGUCAAAUACAACGUCGUGAUUGGUGGAGAUGAAUACAACUUCGAUCGCAAAAUGAUUAUGGAUGACUUGCGUGAUGUCAAGUUUCACGAGUAUGCCGAUGAGUGGAACUCCAUCAGCGGGACGUGCCAAAUCAGGGAGAUUACUGGGAUCACCGACGUUGCAAUCAUUCGCGAACAUUUAAUAAAGCACGAUUUUGACGUGUCCAACGCGAUAAUGGACUUAGUGAAUAGGCCAGUGACGGAGGCACCGAGUCGCCCGGUGAAUAAAACUCCGAUGAAGCCCAUUGUGGAUGCAAACAUGUCGACGUAUUUUGUGCCCAAGGAAACAAGGCAAGCAGUUCUGAACUAUUGGGACUAUGUGAAUCGCCCGGCGGUUUAUGAUGAUGAUUACGACGACGAAGCGGACUUCGAAGAUCUCAUCCCAAUUAAGGCCAAAGUCAUAUACGACGAAAUCAUCGACUCGUCCGACGAUUCUUCUGAAAGUGCAGAGUCCGAUCGUGAGCCACGGAACCAGAGCGGUACUUCAUCUGGGCAAAACGCCGCCGCGACUUCCGAACCUAAGAGUAGGCAAGCCGAAAAUAGGCCUCGCGAUGCCGCGCCUCAUCGUGGGAGAGGUUCGAGAGGGAGCAAUCGGCGCCAAAACUUUAACCGGAAGCGCAACACAAUAAAUUUGGAUGCGUUUGGAUGA